GAAGAAUCAAGAAAUGAAGGCGCUGGCUUUCUUUUUCUAAGCAUAGGGUUUUGGGGUUGUCGUUUCUCUCAAGUCUCAACUUCUUUUUCAAUUCUUCUUCUUCAAUGCAGGGUGGGGGUGGGGGUAGGGUUGGGUAUCAGUACGAUUCUUUCCUGUCGAGUUCAGCCGCUGCCGACAUCUCCGGCCGGGCCCCACCCACGGCGCUAUCCUCCUUCGCUCCUCUGCGGCCAUGGCGCGAGCUCUUCGCCCGCCCAUCCUUGUACUCCAUUCCGCGCACCUUCGCCGAUGUCACCGCUCGCCUCCGCCGGAAUCUCAACUAUUUCCGCAUGAACUACGCCCUAACGAUGCUCAUCAUACUCUUCCUCAGCCUCCUAUGGCACCCGCUCUCCAUGAUUGUCUUCUUAGUCCUGUUCGUCGCCUGGUUCUUGCUCUACUUCUUCCGCGACGGACCGCUCGUGAUAUUCAGUCGCACGGUCGACGAUAGGGUUGUGAUGGCGGUUCUCAGCGUGCUCACGGUGGUCUGCUUGGUGUUCACUCGCGUAUGGCUCAACGUUCUGGUGUCGGUUCUGAUUGGAGCGGCGAUCGUUGCUUUACACGCGGCGUUUAGAGUCAACGAUGAUCUUUACCUCAACGAAGAUGAAGCUACGCAGGGCGGAUUGCUCUCUUUCGCCGGUGCUACCACGCAACCCGCUCGAACUAGGGUUUGAAAUCUUCUAGUCCAGUGAAGUGAUUUUCUUCGCAUUUCAAGUCCAGAAGGCUCAAAUGCUAGGAGUGAAGUUGUAAUUGUAAGCACUCAUUGUAGAUACAGUAUUUUGAAUGCACAAACUUACAUUUCAAGUGAUUUGAUUACAGAUCAACUCAAUAAUGAUUCAUCUCAGUGUUCAAAAUUUAUCCAAUAGAGAAACUCAUCUGUUUAUUAC